CACUGUUUCACCUCAGGUAGCUUAUGCCAAAAAUGGGCAGUCACCUUGCCCCAGAAGGUAGAGGGGCUGAGUGGCUCCUGUGUGGUCAUCCCCUGCAGCUUCACUUUGCCCCCAGAGCAGAACAAACACCUGGAUGAUUCGUGUAAAGUCAUAUGGAAGCGAGGCUUCGGGCGAACAAAAGUGUUCGAUUCCAGCCUCGCCGGAGCAAGUGCAAGUCUGAACGUCCUGCAAGGAAGUCUAACAGGGAACCUGCGUGAGAAGAACUGCACCACCGUUUUCAACAACCUGCCCUCGAAACACAGUGACAGCUAUUACUUCAGGCUAGAGUGCAACUCGCCGCUGAAGUUCAACUUUCCAAACACCGUCCAUAUCACCGCUCAGGAUUCAUUCCCCAGACCUGCUUUAAAUCCAUCCACGCUGGAGGUAGAAGAAGGGACGCCGGUGAGGCUGAACUGCUCGACUGCUGCUCCCUGUCCCGUUCUUCCUCCAGUUUUGUCCUGGACGCCCAGCAAAGGUGAUAUUGAGGAGAGUGCGGAAAGGAGAUCUCUGACGUCUGUUUUGAAUUUCACCGCUUCUCACCUCCACAAUGGACAGAAGAUCUCCUGCAACAUUCUCUACAACCGGCAAGGUGGCAAAAGUGACCUUCUGUUUGAAAAAAGUCUGACACUGCGUGUUAACUAUCCUCCAAAUAACACAUCGAUCAGUUCGCCUGUGAGGCCUAUGAGGGAGGGCAGCUGGGUGAAUCUGACUUGCAACACUAACGCAUAUCCAGCUGUGGACAGCUACGCCUGGUACAAAGUAGCUGGAGAUCAGGUGUCAGUUGUGGGCUCUGAAAAGAGGCUUUCGACCACCGUUUCUGAUGUCGAUCGCACAUUUUACUGCAAAGUCAGUAACAGAUAUGGAACCCAGAACUCACCCAUUGUUCACAUAGAUGUACAGUUUUCUCCCAAGGACACAACACUAAUCGUGAAUUCUACUGGUCCAACAUUGGAGGGCAGCUCCGUUUCUCUGUUCUGUAGGAGUCGUGCUAACCCACCUGUGGCCAACUACACCUGGUACAAAGAUAACGAAGAGGAUGGGGAGGAUGGAUCGAUCUUAUUCCUAAGCAGCGUCAACACGAGCCACAAUGGUGACUACCACUGCGAAGCAAAAAAUGCCCUGGGAGACGAAUCAUCAGCAACUAUUCAACUGGACAUCCAGUAUCCACCGAAGAACACGUCAGUGAGAGUCGACCCCACUGGUCCAGUGCUGGACGGCAGCUCUGUGACUCUGACCUGCACGAGCAUCGGAAAUCCUGCAGUGUUGAACUUCACCUGGUUCAGAGUGGCUGCAAGACAAAUCAAGGUGGUGGGUUCUAAGCCAGACUUCACCUUCAACGUGACCAAACUCUCAGAGGAUCAAUAUUACUGCGAAGCUCUGAAUGUCCACGGGGCUGAAUACUCAGAGCCCGCCAGCAUUUCUGUCACAUUUGCUCCAGAGAUCCUGCCUUCCUCCCGCUGCAUCAAGAUUUUGUCCAAUUUUCGGUGUACCUGUGACGGCCAGGGGAACCCGCUUCCCUCCAUGAUUUGGGAAUUGGCUGGGGAGCCCGUCAAUCCCUCUCCUGACAUUACAGUCGGGGAGGUUCCCAUGGGGAUCUUUGGCAUUCGGAGUGUCAUCUCCGGACGUCUGGAUAAAAACAUGCCCUCUCUACUCUGCUACAGUGUCAACUCUCUGGGAUCUGAUAGUUUCGCAUUCAACGUGUCCGCCAGUGAAACUCAGCUGGAAUUUUCAGGCUUCAGCACUGUGUCUCUGUUGACUGGCUCUGCAGCCGGAGCACUGGGGAUGCUAGUGGUGUGUGUCCCACUGUUGCUCUGUUGCAGGAGAAGUAGAGGCAACUUUUCAGUGGUGGACAACCAGGAAUCUCUAGUCACUAAUGAUACAAACGCUCCACAAGUGGAUGUUACUCAUGUCAGUGAAGCCACUCUGGGAGAGCAAGGAGGAAGAAGUAAGCCCGAUACACUCAAUGGCCCCAAUGUGGACUUUGAUAAACUCCAGACUGACACAGAGGGUGAGCUCGGGGAAGGGGAGAUCCGAGGCCUGGCCUCCAAGACGGCAUAUGCAGAGAUCGACCUGCAUCCCAGAGGAUGCAAUGGGGAAGAUGCAAAGGAAGAAGAAAACAUUGCAAACACUGCCUCUGCAGAAGGGAGCGUUAUUGAUGGUCUUGCAGGACAGUGGCAAGAUGGCUCAACUCUAAAGGAAAUUGUGGAUACACAGGAUUCUGGCCUUCACAUACCAGAAUCAGAAUAAUCAGGAUCAAGAACGAUCAGAAUGAUGAUGCAUGUUGGAACAGCAGCUUGAUGUAAUGAGAGGUAGAAUAUUUUAGUGAACACCUCUGUAUGCUGGUCAGCCCAUCCUUUCAGUAACACUAGCCCUAAACCUUACUUCUGGGUGGUUCUCACCUGGUGGUGCUGUAGAACCAGAGCAGUCUGUCUUUCCAAACAAUGUAUUGUUUGUAACCUGUAACCUGGGUAAUUUUGUUUGCUCUGACAGUACAAGGCCCCUUCUUUCCCAUCAGAAGCAGAUAUUUAGAGCAGGCAUGGUUUCAGCCACAAAAAAAAAAUAUUACUAAAAUGGUGGUCUCUCGCCAUUGUCCCCGUGUUUCGGGAGGUGGCUCAACAAAAUGCUUUCUGUUGCUAAGAUGGAACAGAUUCGUUUUAACAAAGGGAAUUCACAAAACUACUUCUUGAAGGUCUGGGAACCCUUUUUGAUAUUGCUCGAUGAGACCCAACUGUCUGAUUUGUGUGUUUUGCUCCUUUAAUAUGUCCUUAACCUAACCAUUUGUUUGUUUUACCUGCAAAACUGCACUGCAGAUCGGAUUUCUUUUUUUCUUCAGCUGUGACUUUCACUUCAUCUUCAACUUGAAGAUCUGUCUAAACCUUCAAUCUUCAUCUGUCUACUGUAUAUUUUCCAGUAAAGUAGAAACACAAUAAACAUACUUUA